AUGGGAACAUCAACGUUAUCGGAUUAUGCUAGUUUGGCGCUUCAGGUUGGAUUUUUCCACUUUUCUCCAGAAAGAGGUGUGAAACUCAAAAUAACGUAUACACAAGAGAAGGCUAGUAAAGGUAUAGCUGACAUGAAAGCUCGAAAGAGUGAGCUUGGGAAGAAUUUGAACACUAGAGCGAUGAAUGUGCUAUCACAAGUGGAAGAACAGGUCAUGGGUUUGCAACAAAAGAAAAAUCAAAUUGCUGUAGAUAGACAGAAACUAUUGGAUACUAUAGCUUUACUUGAUGAGAAGAAAACACGAGAGAUACAUAAAGCUCAUGAGCAAGUUAAUAAGGUGAGGAAAAUAUAG